UGAUGGUUUGCACUUCGCCAGGAAGCCACAAGAAGGAAGUAAGCGGCUUAUGAUGUCUCCGGCCACCACCACUCUGACACUGCCGUUAUCCGUCGUCGUCAGUUCGGCGGCGCGUGGUCCACGGCAGACAGCUAAGGUGAGGGCUGAGAAAAAGCAAAGGCAGAACAGCCUCGGCUUCAGCGGCGAUAAGAAGGAAACAUGGUGGCAUUGCGUUGAGGGUUGUGGGGCCUGCUGUAAGCUCCAAAAGGGUCCUUCUUUUCUCUCUCCCGAAGAAAUUUUCGAUGACCCUUCACACGUUCAGCUCUACAAAAGCUUAAUAGGCCCAGAUGGAUGGUGUAUUCAUUAUGAAAAGAGUACUCGGAAAUGCUCCAUAUACUCUGAGCGUCCAUAUUUUUGCCGUGUAGAGCCAGAGGUAUUCAAAUCGUUGUAUGGAGUUAAAGAGAAGAAAUUUCACAAGGAGGCCUGCAGUUUCUGUAGGGAUACAAUUAAGGCUAUUUAUGGUCCCAAUUCAAAGGAGCUUUAUAAUUUUAACAACUCAAUAAGGAGCUCUUCUAGUUAGAUUUUGUUGGCUUUGAAUUAUUAAUUGCUCAAGGUCGUUUUCUUGCCUUCAUCUUCAUUAAUUAUUACGCUGGUGGGAGUUUUCAUGUUUGUAAGUUUUGAUAUAUGAUUUCUUGAACUAUUGUAAGUGCUUCUUGUAUCUACGUUGUAAACCUAACUACACUGGAAAAAUAGCUAUAUGUAAAGGAUUAAUGGGUUCUUAUUGUAUGUUCUUUCUGGGAAUUAUUGAUCACUGAAAUUAUAACUAGUUGGUUUCCAUAUAUCUUGUUUUGGGUUAACCGAAGGACCCCUAAUUUAUAUAAAUUAAC